UAGAGUUUGCUUUUCUUAGCUCGGAGGGAGCUGCUUUGCAGAGAUUGGGGGACUCUGUCGUUUUUUUUUUAAUAAUUUGUUUUCCACAUCUUGCUUGUGAACAUCCAAGAAUUUACGUUAAAGUUUAUUCCUUAGGAUAACAACUCAAGGCAGCCUGUAGUUUUUCAUUUUCAGCUUAUGUCAUUUGUAAUUAAGUUUGACGUUUUAAAAUUUCUUAUGAUUUCUAAACGUCUGCACGAAAAGUUACAUGGAAAAGGAAAACGGUAGAACGUUUUGGAUAAGUCGGCGUGAUAGCGAGCAUCCAGGCGAUAUGUUGUUUUUACUAGAAAACCAGGUCAGUGUCAGUGUUUGGACGGACUCAUCCUCCUCCUCCUCAUCUUCAUCAUCAUCCUCCUCCGCCGAGCUGAUCCAGGCUGCGGUUCCCCCGUCCGUGGAGCUCGGUCUCACGGUUCUUUACACAGUUUUGUAUUCGCUACUCUUCGUGUUUGUUUACCUGCAGCUCUGGUUGAUUCUGCGCUACGGAUACAAGCGCUUCAGCUACCAGAGUGUUUUUCUCUUUCUGUGUUUGCUCUGGUCGGCUUUGAGGACGACACUCUUCUCUUUCUACUUUAAAAAUGUUGUUCAAGCAAACCAGCUUCAGCCUUUGCCGUUCUGGCUCCUGUAUUGUUUUCCAGUCUGCCUGCAGUUCUUCACAUUGUGUCUGCUCAACCUAUAUUUUGCUCAGGUGAUUUUCAAAGCCAAAGCGAAGUAUUCCCCAGAACUCAACAAGUACAAGGUGCCCCUGUGUCUAGGUUUUCUGCUGGCCGGUGUUUUUUUCUUGGUGGUGAACAUGACGUGUGCCAUGCUGGUUCAGGGUGAUGCGGCUGAGAGUCAGGUGAAGGAUGCCGUUCUGGCACGAGUGCUGGUUAACGACAGCCUCUUCGUUCUCUGUGCCAUCUCACUCGCCAUAUGCAUCUUUAAGAUCGCUAAAAUGUCUUCUGCAAAUGUCUACCUGGAAUCAAAGGGGACAUCGGUAUGCCAGGCCACAGCCAUCGGGGCAGCAGUUAUACUCCUCUACACUUCCAGAGCCUGUUAUAACCUGGUUGUGGUAGCUCUUUCUCCUGAAGAUCGGCCCAGCCCGUUCAAUUACGGCUGGUACAAUGUAUCUGACCAGGCCGAUGCAGAGAAGAUCAAUGGGGAAGCCUAUGUGGUCUUUGGGAUCAUCCUGUUCUUCUGGGAGUUUCUGCCCACCAGUCUGAUGGUGUUGUUCUUCAGAGUGCAGCGGCCCAAUCAGAACCUGACACCGGGCGGCAUGAUCAACAGUCACAGCUUUAGUUCCAGGGCGUAUUUCUUUGACAACCCACGGCGCUAUGAUAGUGACGAUGAUCUGUCUAGAAACACAACUUCCCGAGGAGAGAGAUGCAGCAGUAUCCUGUCGUCCACGUCACAGACGGGCCCAAGUUGGUACGGCUCUAUCCAGAGGAAUGGCAGCCUUACGCCGAUCCCUCACCUGCUGAACGGCCCCCAAACAUCAACCGCCCCUCUUCUCUUUGCCUAUGGCAACAAUCAGACCAACCAACACCACAAUUACUAUUCCACCCCUCAAAACUACUACUCAACCUCUCAGACACACUACACCACCCCUCAGAACUAAUGUGGGAUCGAUCUAGUGUGAGGUUUGGCUCAGCCGGGACAUCACUGAGCAGUGGUUUAUGGUUGUCUUCCCCCUCAGUCAAUUUAUCUGCUCACAUCCAUGUGGCGGAAAAUUUAAAGGGACAAUUCAAAGGUGGGGGGGGGGGGGGCUUUAUUUGGACCAAAUGGACCAGAUUUUCCUCUUUCUUCGAUGUUCUCAUUCCCGAAAACCAUUCAUCCCAUCACCUUUCCUUGGGUUCAGAAUGUUGUCGCAAUUAACUCUUAGGAGACUUCAGCACAUGGACUCCCCUCUGUGAGUUGGGAUGUACUUUUUUGCACUUACUGUGGGCCUACAUUUCAUAUUUGGAUCAGUUGGAAUAGGUGUAGGCCAGAAUGUGAUGGUGGUGAGGAUUUUUGGGGAGUAUACUUUUUAUAUUUCUUCAUCUUUGAGAAACAUCAUGACCCCCUAGUCCAUCCGAGACAUGCAAGUAAAAGAGGAUUGGGUCUGUUGGUACUAGGACCAAACGUGCACUGUCAUUCACGAAAUCCACGUGUCUCUUUCUUGAUUUCCUUUAACGUUUUUAUUCUGUUGCCAAAGAACCCGCGCUUAAAUCCAGGCUUCACCCCUGAGCCUCUAUGGUAGUAGAUUUCCAUGCUUCCCAAAGACAAAAAGACACCUGAUUCCCACAAUCCCUGGAACGACGAUUGAGCUCUGGUGUAUUCAAAUGUACCAAGUGUGACUAACUCUACUUACAUCCUCUAAUAUUUUGGUACUUGGCUUCAGAAGAACACUCUGAGGGCUUGUGGGUGAAUUUACCCGUGUAUAUCAGUAGUCAAAAUCUAGUAUAUCAUUCUCCAGGGAAGCCAGAAAUGGUGCCGUCGUAUGGUUUUCCUAGAUGAAAACUUGUUGCACAAAUUUGACAUUUGUAUUGAACAUGUUUCAUAAGCUUUAUAUCAUCAUUCCUGUAUAAUUGUAUUUCAGGAGCGUGAUUGGCAAGCAAUCAGUGCCCCAUUUCCAGCUUAGAUGAAGCGGCCCUUUCCAUUUCCCUGAAAUGUAAUUGUUUUGUGUUUUAGCAAAAAAAAAAAAAAAAAAAAUGAAGCUUAUUUUUGUAUCCCCUAAUUUGCUGCUCCGUAUGUUAUGAGCUGUGUAUAAGAUAUCAACAAUCAUUUGGCUGAAGCAAUCAUCAGAUGUGGUGUAAAUAUGAUGAAUGGGCAGCUGUAUGGUUGAAACGUCAUUCGCACCUGCUCUAUUGGAUUUAUUUUUAAAAUGUGUUAUUUUAAAUUGCGUCUUGCAGGAUUUUGUGUAUGCUGUACUAAACAAGUGAAUGAUUUUCAUUGAUUUGGACAUUUUAAGUUGGCCUGCUUCCUUGCUUUCUGCCAGCUGAUGUGUAGCAAAGCUUUUCACAUAUUAGCGAACAUGAGCGUUAAUUGACGGAAAGGUUGUGCGUUCAAAUUGAAUGCUGAUUGGGUUCAUUUCCUGACAAACCACAGAAAGGAUGGGGACGUGUAUGAGUUGUAGGUUUGUUUUUAUUUUUUAUUAAUUUAUAAAUGUGAGUCUGGUCUGUAAAAUGUUACUGUGAAAUCUGUCUUAUCAACUCUUGAAUCUAGCUAAAGAGCAAGUAAAGCCUUUUAUUUUUUUGUUUGAGGCCAAUGAAUGUAACUUGUUUACCCAUGUUCAUAGUUCAUUAAAGAUGUACACAAGCACUACCAUAAAAAAAUAAAGUUUUAUUGCACUGUUUUAAAAGCA